CUAUGGUUAAAUAACUUAAAAAGAAGAAUGGAGAGUUGGAAGAGAGAAGUUAGAACAAACCAAACAACUACUCGUCUUAAGAAAAAUGAUUCUCAAAUACUUGAGAGAGAGGUUUAGUUGACCUAUCUCCGUUCCAUCCAAAACCAAAACACAACCUUUGCUUUGCUUGUACUCUUUUAAGUUUUUUUUUCCUCUCCAACCUACCCAUAAUACUAAAGCAAGAAGUGAGAUUGCAGGAAAGAUGAUUUAAAUACUAAGGCAAGAAAUCAUCAAAUUUCCUUCAAACUCACACCACCUUCUCACCCUCCUCCCAUUUCUUCCAAUUCCCUCCAAUCCAAUGUUUGUUUUCCUUCCCCCAACAAAGAAAACCUCCCUGCUUCUUCUUCCCUCUCCCCCUUCCUACCAGUAGCCUACCAACGGCACUUUCUUCCUCCUUCAGCAAUGGCAAAACAACAAUUAACAGCAACACAAAUCCUCAGAACCUCGAUCUACACAUUCCUCCAACAAUUCCAAUUCUUCACGUCCACGCCCUCCUUCCUCGCCUUUCCCUUCUCAGCUUCAGUCCUCCUCUCACAGGUUGCCGCACCAGCCGCAGCCACCGAAACCCUCUUCAACCGCCUCCAAUCCCUUUGCCAGGCAGCUGGCUUCCCACCCUCUUCCCAAUUCUUCACUAUCCUCAACCUCAAGCUUGCCCAGACCAUCGCCGCCUCUAUUUACACCAUUCCAUUUUCUCUCACCUUCUUCCUCUUUGCGAAAUCCUCUGCUUUCGCUUCAUUGAAGAACAGAGCAUUUAAUCAACCCGAUCACAGUAGCCCUCCCGAAUCCGUCUCUUCCAUCUUUUGGCCGCUGCUCCUAACCCAUAUCACCAAUUCGUUCUUAGUUAUCUCCGCAAAUGCAUCGGCCUUCUGCGUCAUGUUCCUCUCGUUCAACGUCUUCGAACGGGUUUUCCCAACUUCCCCUGUUUUCCUCCUAUUGCUCUCUGCUGUUGGAGCGUUGAUUUACUCCGUGAUUCUCGCCAACGUCAUAGUGAUCUGCAACCUGGCGGCAGUGAUCUCAGCGAUGGAAAAGAAGGGUGGGUACAUGGCGGUUCUGAAGGCGGCGGUGAUGAUGCAAGGGAGGGCUUCGACGGCUCUGUCUCUGGCUUUGCCGGUGAAUCUGGGCAUGGCAGGAAUCGAAGCUCUGUUUCAGUACAGGAUCGUUAUAGGGCGGUACUGGGUUUAUGAAACGACGCCGUGGUCAAGGAGCUUGACAGUGGGUUUGGAAGCGAUGCUGAUAUGCUAUAUGUAUUCGAUGUUUGUGGUUCUUGACGCCAUUGUUGGAUGCUUUUUCUUCAAGAGCAUCAGGGAUGAGAUCGUGGCGAAGAAAUGUGGCCUUGUUGGAGAGGAAUUGGAGAUGGGUAUUGGAUAUUACGCGAGUUGGAAGGUAGAUGGUGAUGAUGACGACAAACGUGAGGUUCCGUGAUGGGAAGAGUUGGAUUCGACAUUUUACACGAUACAGCAAUUUGGGUUUCUGAUAUUGUUAGUUUCUUUGAUUUGGUUGAUUCUACUCUACUCUACUCUACUCUACUCUACUUUUUUUUUUCUCACAGAGGAGGAGAUGGAAAAUUGGCAAUUCACCUACCCGUUCAAAUCCACAAUGCUGAGGAAAAAGACGAAUGGGGAAAUGUCAAGUGUAAUUAUUUGAAAUGGAAAGAUUCGGAUUAAUUUAAUUCCUCAGUUUGUUAGCUUGUACAACAGUACAAGACCAAAACUUUUUCCUUUUCUUUUGUUUUUAGCCCGGAUAGGUUAUUUGUUAGAAACAACAAAUUAGAGGUUGUUCAACAAAUACAACAAUGUGAAAAAGGAUAUGAGGAUUUCAAGAAUUAAAAGAUGUGAAAGUUAUUGUAAGAAUUGUUAUAUGGGUUUAGGUAUCUCAUCUGAUUAGAUAAAUCCGAUCUUUCACAUUAGAAAGAAUUACUAGAGUUACACCCUAAAGUCCCCGUUCCUUAUAAACUCAUCGAACCUCUAUCCGGCUUUCGCCAAAAAAUGGACGAAGCGGCUCUUCGGGUAGGUUCUUGAUUUUUCUUUUGUGAUUUUUUUAAUCGAAACAAUUUAAUUUUGUGAUAUUUUUUAAUCAAAACAAUCUGAUUUCAUUACUUUUUUAUAGAUGGGUGCCGAGAUAUACGAUCCUCGAUUGUAUAUCCAUUAUGGGCAAAGAGAUACGAGGUAUUUAACCGAUCAAGAAGCACAUCGAUCCUGUGCAAUUCGGGACAACAAUCCGGUAAAUUGAUGAUUUAUUUUGCUUUAUUUUAUUAUUUUAUAAGUUUUUAUUUUGCUUUAUUUUAACUAAAAAAUUGGUGUUUUUCCUAUUUUUUUUUUUAGGAAUCACUUAUUCUCGUCAUUCAUAAAGGGACCACAAACUUGCCCGCUUUGCAUGAUUGAUUGCGCCGUAUAUGGAGAGGACCGGGUUGGGUAUGUUGAGGCAUUUCAUGCGGAUUAAAAUCGACAACGAUCUACUUACGGCAAUGGCGGAGCGAUGGCACCCCGAAACCCAUACGUUCCACCUUCCGGAGGGGGAAAUGACGAUCACCCUCAAAGAUGUCGCGAUCCUCACCGGGCUGCCGAUUUUUGGAGAGGCCAUCAUUGGUACCACUACCAAACCCGAAGGAGGUUUGGGGUCGCUCAUUCGUGCUCGUUUGGGAUUUGACAUGCCGACCACCACACCAAUUUGAGGACAGGGGUAUCCACCGUUGAAUGUGGGACAAGUGUCGGUCCCGUGGCUCGUUACUCACAUCCAAAAUGAGGUGGAAAUCGAUGACGAGACUCCGGAAGAUCAAGUGGAGCGCUAUGCACGCAUCUACCUCAUUGGUUUGGUGAGUGGAUUUCUGUUCACCGACAAGUCAAACAGGUGGAUUCAAGGCAUAUGGUUGCCAUUGCUGAUUGGUGACUGGGACGCAAUCGGGGAAAAGAGUUGGGGAUCGGCCGUGUUAGCUGGCGUAUAUAGCUGUGUACUUGCUCGAAGGUGGGAGCGACACAAGCUGGUGGGGCGAUGUUCAUCCUCCAGCUCUGGGUAUGGGAGCAUCUUCCAAUGUUCACACCUCAAGACCCACGUCCAUACCGGAGAGCAGAUGAUGAGCUACAAUUUGUGCAAAAUCACCCCUAUGGUGUCAAAUAAGUUUAUUCCGUACUUAGCCUAAUUGCAAAUGUAUUCCAUGCUUAGCUAGAUUUAAAUUACAUUUAUUCCGUACUUAGCCUAAUUGCAUAUUUAUUCCAUGCUUAGCUAGAUUUAAAUUACAAUUAUUCCGUACUUAGCCUAAUUGCAAAUUUAUUCCAUGCUUAGCUAGAUUUAAAUUAUAUUUAUUUCGUACUUAGCCUAAUUGCAAAUUUAUUCCAUGCUUAGCUAGAUUUAAAUUACCUUUAUUUCGUACUUAGCUUAAUUUAAAUUUAGGGUUAAAGACACAUUUGGUCACUGAGAUUACAAAAUCGGGACAUGUUUAGUCACUAGAAAAAGUUAAUAUCAAAUUUGGUCACUACAAUUACUAAAACUGGACGCAUUUAGUCACUCGCCGUUAGUCUCCGUCCAACUCCGUUAAUGAAGUCCGUUAAGUGAU